GGUCCCGCGUUUUAACUUUUACUGCGGAAAAAAGUACGAAGAAGCGAAGAUGAAUAAUGGCUGCCAGAAGCAUGGAGGUAUAGAAGAUCCACACUGCUUGCAAAUUUUACGGCAGAUCAGUGUAUAUAUUUUUCAUUUUGCAGCACCGUAAGUUUGUUCAUGAUCCAGAAAGAUGGGUGCGGAUUUGAAGCACAUGAGUGAGCUGGAUUUUAGGAGUGCAUUGGGGUCCGCGGUCUAACAGCCGGUGCUCUUUUUUACUCCUCUUUGACAGUUGUUUAUACAACUCCCAAUAACGAAACACCAUAUCCAUAGGCUCUGCUCUGGCAGUGAGAGAGAGAGAGAGAAAAGGGAGAGGCUGAGCAAAAUUGAAAGGAUCGAAAAUGGGAAGAUCGGCAGCAACUUGCUUCAAGAUGCUCACUUGUGCUAGAACUGAUUCUACUGAAAGUGAUGGAUUUGAAGCUCCUGAGUCCAAGAGUUCAAGUGAUCGGAAGGGAUGGAGUUUCGUGAAGAGAUCUGAAAAGCAUCGUGUUUUGAGCAACACAUUGACGAUCUCAGAAACAUUGUCUGGAAUCAAAGACAGCCCAGCAGCAGCUGUCAUCAACUCCCAAAUACAACUUGACUCUUCUAGUCCAACCAAGUCCUCCACAGAACAACUUAACCCCGAUUUACCUGACUCUUCUAUUCCAACCAAGUCCUCCACAGAACAACUUAACCUUGAUUUUCCAGAAAAGAAUUCAACUGAACCACCAUCCGGUGUUGCAGACAAGAUCAAUGCCAAAGAACCUGUUGAGUGUACAGAUGACAAACCCCAGUCUCCACCAUCAAUGGAAGACAAAUCAUUGGAGAAUGUUGCUAGUGAAGUUAAUGAUCGUAAAAUUGAGCCAACCAGGAAGGAAUCAGAUAUUAUUGUGAUCCAGACUUCUAUCAGAGGGUUUCUGGCUCAAAACUUGUUGUUGAAGCAUAAGAAUGCAAUCAAACUGCAAGCUGCUAUACGUGGACUAGUAGUUCGGAGGCAAGCUGUGGGAACUCUACGGUGUAUUCAAGCCAUUGUUAAAAUGCAAGCUCUUGUUAGAGCUCGCCGUGACCAUGAAUCUUCAAAUGUGGGAACCAAAAUUUCCAGCAAGAAGUUAGGAAGCUCUUACCUUUCCAUCGAAAAAUUACUAAGCAAUAGGUUUGCUCAUCAGCUUCUGGAGUCUUCAUCUUCAAGGACAAAAACUAUAAAUAUCAAGUGUGAUCCUUUAAAAUCAGACUCAUCAUGGGUGUGGUUAGAGAGAUGGAUGUUUGUCUCCACAGGGUUGUCCCCAAGUUCACAAACGAUUGCAGAACAGGUGGAGAAGAAGAAAGAUAUUGAUCACGUAUUAGACUACAGCCUUCUGGAAGAAGCUGCCGUAACUCAAUCUGAGGGUAGAACUGUUGAAUCAAGUUUAGAGGCAUCAGAAGAAAAAGACUCUUUCCCUAUUAAGACUGAAACUGAGAAUGUGGAUGAGAACAAGGUAUCUUUUGGAUCUGAAGAGGAGAGGAGUAAUCCUGUAUUUAUUUCUGCUCAGUCAAAUUUUGAAGAACAAAGUUUGUUGGCCGACUCAUCAGGAAACCCAUCCAAUUUGUCCGGUCAAGAGACUGAAACCAAGCAUUUAACUGAGAGUUCAAAUAUUGUACAGGAAAUGAAGCAUUUAACAGAAAAUGCAACCGGUUUACAUGAAACAGACCAUUUAACCGAGAAUUUUACCGAUUUACACACUUCUGUUCUUGUAGUUGCAGGAUCUGAAUGCAGCACCGAACUCUCCAUUUCUUCCACACUUGACUCGCCAGAUAGGUAUGAGAUAAAAAUUCAUGAGUAUCAUCAUGAGAGGACUGAGGAUGUGCAUGUUGACCCUCAUGAUCAGACAAUUUCCCACAAUGGACUCUCAAAUAAUGGAACUGUGGACACCCCAGAUUUCACGCCAAUAAAAGACAUAACUGUUGAGCAUGCAGAGGUUGAAUCUCCAAGAAGCCAAGUAACUUUUCUAGAAUCCCAAGGUACAACUCCGAGCAAAGAGGCAUCUUCAGUAAAACCAAAGGUGAGAAGUAGUGAAAUAAAUGGAUCAAACAGCAACAAGCGUCAUAACAUUUCAUCUUCAAACCCAAAGAAAGAUGCUUCAGUGACUAAAACUAGUUUGCACCAAUUAUCACCCAAUAAGGACAAGGAUCAUAAAGGCGUGAAAAGAAGAAAAUCGUUUGGUUCUGCAAAAAGUGAACAAAAUGUGGAUCAGCAGGAACCUAGGGACAGCAAUGCCAGCGGUUCUCUACCAAGUUACAUGCAAGCAACAGAAUCAGCAAAAGCAAAGGCCAUUUUAAGCAGCUCUCCAAGAUCAAGUCCAGAUGCACAUAACAAGGACACUUAUAGCAUUAAAAAGAGGCAUUCUCUCCCUAAUUCAAAUGGGCGGCAGGGAUCACCUCAUAUUCAGCGAUCUUUGUCUCAAGCACAACAGAAUACAAAAGGAAACCCAACUCAUUCUCCUCAAGAGAGAAGGUGGCAGAGGUGAGGUCUUUAAACAAGCAAGUUGCAGGAUGAUGCAUUUGUUAUAUCUAUGUUAUAUACUGGAUGUAUAAACAUCUGACCAGAGACCAUCAUCUCCUCAUGGGAGACUGAUGUAGAAAGACCUGAGUUUUUCAUGUAAAUUAACACAUUGCGCUGUUUGUAAUGAUUUUGUUUUGUGAUUUUUUUGGUAAUAUGACAGAAUGUUUGAUUCAAUGAUAUAUUUUCUGUAAUAUUGUUUCAGUGCUGAGGAGUUUGGGGAUACUUAUUGUGUUAAUCAUACAGA